UCUCUCCCUUCUUUCCUUCCUUCCCUUCCCUCUCUUCCUUCCAUUCUUCCUUCCUUUUUCUUUUCCUUUCCUUCUUCCUUUUCUUUCCUUUCUUCUCUUUCUUUCCUUCCUUCCUUCCCUCUCUCCCUUCUUUCCUUCCUUCCCUUCCCUCUCUUCCUUCCAUUCUUCCUUCCUUUUUCUUUUCCUUUCCUUCUUCCUUUUCUUUCCUUUCUUCUCUUUCUUUCCUUCCUUCCUUCCCUCUCUCCCUCUUUCUUUUCUUUCCUUCCAUCCCUUUUUCUUUCAAGACAGGGUCUCACUCUGUCAUCCAGACUGGAGUGUGGUGGCAUGUUCUCAGCUCACUGCAGCCUCAACCUCCUGGGCUCUAGUGAUCCUCCCACCUCAACCUCCCGAGUGGCUGGGAACACAGGUGCACACCACCACACCUGGCGAAUUUUUUGUAGAGACCGGGUUUUGCCAUAUGUUGCUCAGGCUGGUCUUGAACUCUUGGGCUCAAGCAAUUGACCUACCUCCCAAGUGCUAGGAUUACAGGCGUGAGCCACCGUGCCUAGCCCAAAUACUUUAUGAUUGCAUUUUCCCUCUCUAGAACUUCUAACAUAAGGAAGAAUAAAAAUUAUAUAUCCAAUGACUACAUAGGGAAGGGGAGUUCCAUUCAAGAAAGUUUUAAGAAAUUGUUUUCAGGGGUAUGUGGUGUCAGUCAGUGACAAAGUUGACAGUGGAAUGCAAGAGGCUUGGUCUUAAGGAAAACGACAUUAUUUUAAAGUAUUAUUACUCUUCCUUUCAUUCAACAAACAUUUAUUGGAUGCCUAUUAUGUACCAGUCAACAUACUACCUCAGUGGUUCUUAAACUUUUUGGUCUCAGGAAAAAGUUUAUACUCUUAAAAAUUAUUGAGGGCCCCAGCCAGGUGUGCUGGCUCAUGUCUGUAAUCCUUGCACUUUGGGAGGCUGAGGCAGGCAAAUUGCUUGAGCUCAGGAGUUUGAGACCAGCCUGGGCCACAUAGCAAAACCUCAUCUCUACUAAAAAGAAAAAAAAUCCCAACUUGGCCAACCUGGUGAAACCGUCUCUACUAAAAAAAUAGAAAAAUUGGCCGCGCACGGUGGUGGGUGCCUGUAAUCCCAGCUACUUGGGAGGCUGAGGCAGGAGAAUCACUUUAACCUAGGAGGUGGAGGUUGCAGUGAGCUGAGAAUGCACCACUGCACUUCAGCAUAGGCAACAGAGCAAGACUCCAUCUCAAAAAUAUAAUAAAAUAAAAAAAAAAAAAAAAACAGGUGUGGUGGUACACACCUGCCAUGCCAACAACUUGGGAGGCUGAGGUGGGAGGAUUGCUUGAGCCUGGGAGAUCAAGGGUGCAGUGAGCCGUGACUGCACCACUGCGCUCCAGCCUGGGCAAUACAGCAAGAUCCUGUCUCAAAAAAAAAUUACUAAGGACCCCAAAUAACUAUCUUUAUGGCUUUAUGUGGUUUAUAGCUAUCAAUAUUUCCUAUUUAUGAAUUCAAGACCGAGGAACUGAAAAAGGUUCAUUUAGGCUGGGUGUGGUGGUGUGCACCUGUAGUUCCAGCUACUUGGGAGGCUGAAGCAGGAGGAUUGCUUGAGCCCAGGAGUUCAAGGCCAUAGUGUGCUGUGAUUGCCCUGUGAAUACCCACUGCAGUCCAGCCUGGGCAACAUAUGAAACCCUGUCUUUAAUGAAAAAUAACAUGAAAUUUUAAAAUUCAUUUAAAAAUAAUAAACCAAUUACAUGUUAAUUUUUUUUUUUUGAGGCAGGAUCUCACUCUGUUGCCCAGGCUGGAGUGCAGUGGCACAAUCCUGGCUCACUUCAACCUCUGCCUCCCAGGCUCGAGCAAUCCUCCCACCUCAGCCUCCUGAGUAGCUGGGACCACAGGCGUGCACCGUCAUGCCUGGCUAAUUUUGUAUGUUUUGUAGAGACAGGGUUUUGCCAUGUUGCCCAGGCUGGUAAUGUUCAAUUAUUUUUCACAACAUAAAAAGCUUAGUGAGAAAAGUGGCAUUGUCUUACAUUUUUUCCAAAUGUCUUUAGUAUCUGGCUUAAUAUAAAACAGCUAGAAUCUCAUAUCUAUCUGCUUUUGCAUUCAUUCUGUUGACAGUUCACACACCAUGUAUCUUCCAGAAGACUUCACUGUACAUACAUGAGAAAAUGAGAGUUAAAAAAGCUUAGAAUUAUUAUGGAAAUAUUUUUGGCCUUAAGGACCCUCUGAAAGGGUUUCAAAGCAGGAUCCCCAGGGGUGCCCAGACCAUACUUUGGGAACCACUUUUCUAGAUAGUUGGAUACAGCCCUCAAGGAGUUCAGGGACCAGCAAGAGAGAACACUUACAGGUAUAUGUAAUGCAAUGUGUUAAGUGCUCUAAUAGAGCGGAAUAAUGUAAGUGCUGUGAGGGAUCCAUUAAUUCUGGCUGGAAAGGUCAACGAAGGCUUCAAGGAGAAGCUGACAUUUGAAUUGGAUCUUGAAGGAUGAGUAGGUAUAUAACAGGAAAGGUGAAGCUUUUCUUGGCUGAGAAACAGCAUGAGUAAAGGCAGGAAACAAGGAGUACAGGUAAGUCCAGUGUUCCUAGAAUAUAACAUGCAUGAAGACAAGUGACAGACGAGGCUGGAAGUGUACAGUGGGAGGGCAGGCUGAAUAGAGCCUUUAUUCUGCAGGCAAUGAGGAAACAACUGAAGACUGUAAAGCAGAACCACACAACAAUAUUAGCUGAUCUUUGUGCUCCUACUCUGUCUAGGCUAGGCACUGAGAAAACUUAGUUUUACCAAUCCAUUGAAAGAGGAAUUACUAGCCUCACUUUACAAGAAACAGGCUUCUGGUAACAAAUUUACCUGCUUGGAUCUCUAUUAUGAAACUGACCUCUAUUAUUAAUACCUUUUUCUGAAGUUCAUAGGAUUGAGAUUUUCCAGAGGUAUGAAUAAUAAUACAGGGUAAACAACAGAAACUGAGGUCCUCUUGGCUUCCUAGAAAGAAGUGGUUGUGCCGGGCGUGGUGGCUCACGCCUGUAAUCCCAGCACUUUGGGAGGCCGAGGCAGGUGGAUCACGAGGUCAGGAAAUAGAGACCAUCCUGGCUAACAUGGUGAAACUCCGUCUCUACUAAAAAUACAAAAAUGAGCCAGGAGUGGUGGCAUGUGCCUGUAGUCCUAGCUACUAGGGAGGCUGAGGCAGGAGAAUAGUUUGAACCCAGGAAGGCGGAGGUUGCAGUGAGCGGAGAUCACACCACUGCACUAUACUCUGGGCAACAGAGCGAGACUCGUCUCAAAAAAGAAAAAAAGAAGUGGUUGUUCCUUGAACAGGCCCAGUAAGGCAGGAGGAGCUGCUGGUCUCCUCCCAGCUCCCUAAAGAUUUUUCUGCUGUCCCUAGUGUUCAUAGCUGCCACCCUCCCUCUGUAAUUGGUACUUGACUUCAGGGGUAUCUAUUACAAAGUUUUAGCAGAAAUAAAGAAAUGAACUAAGACCAAACUCACAAGAGAUAAUCAAAUACAGCAAUUAAAAUUACCAGCCAAUUUUUUUUCAAAGGAUAGUGGUCCAUGUUUCCUUUUUGGCUGUUGUAUUCUGUGGUUCUGGUUGCUAAGGAAGUAUUAAUAAAUAUGAAUUGAAUAUGUACAUACCAGACACGCAUGUACGCAGCACUGCCCAACUUUUACAUAAGAUCUCAGGUUGAUGGUCUACAUAGUACUCAACAAUAGGAGAACCCUGAAAUAUCUGUCAGGCUGGGCGCGGUGGCUUACGCCUGUAACCCCAGCACUUUAGGAGGCCGAGGCAGGCAGGUCACUUGAACUAAGUUUGAAACCAACCUGGGCAACACGACGAAACCCUGUCUCUACAAAACUAUGCAAAAAUUGGCCGAGCGCGGUGGCUCACGCCUGUAAUCCCAGCACUUUGGGAGGCCAAGGCGGGCGGAUCACAAGGUCAGUAGAUCGAGACCAUCCUAGCCAACAUGGUGAAACUCUGUCUCUACUAAAAAUACAAAAAAUUAACUGGGCGUGGUGGCACACGCCUGUAGUACCAGCUACUCGGGAGGCUGGGGCAGGAGAAUCGUUUGAACCUGGGAGGUGGAGGUUGCAGUGAGCCGAGAUCGCGCCACUGCACUCCAGCCUGGCGACAGAGUGGGACUCCGUCUCAAAAAAAAAAAAAAAAAAAAAAAAAUUAGCUGGGCGUGGUGGUGCGAGCCUGUAGCCCCAGCUCUUCGGGAGGCUGAGGUGGGAGGCUCACUGGAGCCCAGGAGGUUGAGGCUGCAGUGAGCUGGGAUCGCACCACUGCACUCCAGCCUGGGCGACAGAGCUAGACCCUGUCUCAAAUAAAUAAUAAAAAUCUAAGACUACGAUAACCCUACAGUCGGCCCGCGGGGCAUUCAACCUUCCAUGGAUUGAAAAUAUUUGGGAAAAAUAAAGACAAUAAAACAUAAUACAAAUAAAUACAGUAUAACAACUAGUUCCAUAGCACUUGCAUUGUAUUAGGUAUUAUACUUAAUCUAGGGGAUGAUUUAAAUAUCUGGGAAGGUGUAUGCAGAUUAUAUGCAAACACUACACCAUUUUACAUAAGGGACUUGACCAUCUGCGGAUUCUGGUGUCCACGGGGUCCUGGAACGAAUCCCUAUUUCAUGAGAGGGGAUGACUGUACACACGUCAGUGUGUAUUAGGCCAUCAAAACGCCUCCGGGAAAUUCUCGGGUUAUUUUGAAAACCCCUUCCCUCCCCAAGACCUUUAACCUAGAGGGCUGUUGGGGAGGUCUCCUAGGAGACCACACAGAAACGACUGCGCAUGCGUUCAUUCACCCGGCUGAUGCAACCUCACGCUGCCGUGCGGCUCUACCUCGAGUAAGGAAGCCGACAGGGAAAUCUGACGAGACCGAUCGGCGGCCACACAGAAGUGGGCGGAAAGGCCCACCCCCCGGGGGCUUUGCGAGUGACGUUGGGCGGCACGGCGCUAGCGGCGUAGUCCUGCGUCUCUUCCGGCGGCUGGGGGGGUGUCCUGCCGGCGCGCGGGCCCUGCGGCCAUUUUGGGCUUCGCUUCCACCGCAGCAGCCGACCUACCCAGUCCUUCCGGUAUCGCGUUGCUCAGGGGCUUUUCAACCCUCUGUCACUCGGAAAACCAUCGCCGAGGCCGUGGGGGCACUCCUAUCCAUGGUGUUGAAGCGUCGAGCCGACUAGGGAACCUCCUUCCCCGCCAGAAUGGAAGUCGCAUCAGUCGCCGCCUAUUGCGCGGGCUGUUCCUCCCUGUGUUCUGCCGCCCGCUGCCGCAUCCGCUGCCCUCUGUGGCUUUUCUGCUGGCUCGAAGAUAGGCCUGGAGCACCGACGCCACCGCUGGGCAAGGCCGAGACUCUGUAGGCUUCCUCCGAAUCCCGUCGACCUCCAGCCGCUGAGCGCCGCGGCCCUACCUGAGAGACUGCCAAGAAAAAGGAGAUGGAGCCGGGGAUAGGCGGAUCGCGGAAACGGCUUGGCCUUCGGGCGGGCUUCCGGUUCUGGCUACCCUUUUUCCCUCGGCGAUCGCAAGCAGGCUCUUCUAAGUUCCCGACGCCUCUUGCCCCGGAAAACUCCGGGAACCCCACACUGCUUUCCUCUGCUCAGCCCGAGACUCGGGUCAGUUACUGGACGAAGCUGCUCUCCCAGCUCCUUGCGCCGCUCCCCGGAUUGCUUCAGAAGGUGCUAAUUUGGAGCCAACUUUUCGGUGGAAUGUUUCCGACCAGAUGGCUAGAUUUUGCUGGAGUCUACAGCGUCCUGAGAGCCCUGAAGGGACGGGAGAAACCAGCCGCGCCCACAGCGCAGAAAUCUUUGAGUUCGCUGCAGCUCGACUCCUCAGACCCCUCGGCCACUAGUUCCCUUGAUUGGCUAGAGGAGGGGAUCCACCGGCAAUGCUCGCCCCCAGACUUAAAAUUGGAGCUUAAGGCCCAGGGAAGUGCUUUGCACCCUGCAGCACACGCUUUUCUCUUAGAGCAGCAGCUGUGGGGAGUGGGGCUGUUGCCCAGUAGCCUUCAAUCCCGUCUGUACUCUAACCGGGAACUUGGCUCUUCGACCUCUGGGCCUCUAAACAUUCAACGCAUAGACAAUUUCAAUGUGGUAUCCUGUUUGCUGAACCCUUCCUACCUGGAUUGCCUUCCUAGGCUAGAAGUCAGCUAUCAGAACAGUGAUGGAAAUGGCGAGCUAGUCGGCUUCCAGACACUAACCCCGGAGAGCAGCUGCCUGAGAGAGGACCAUUGUCAUCCCCAGCCGCUGAGUGCAGAACUCACUCCGGCCUGGUGGCAGGGAUGUCCACCUCCUUCUACGGAAGGCCUACCGGAAAUUCACCGUCUUCGCAUGAAACGGCUGGAAUUCCUUCAGCAGGCUAGUAAAGGGCAAGAGUUACCCACCCCUGACCAGGAUAAUGGCUACCACAGCCUAGAGGAGGAACACAGCCUUCUCCGGAUGGAUCCGAAACACUGCAGGGAUAACCCAACACAGUUUGUUCCUGCUGAUGGAGACAUUCCUGGAAACACCCAGGAAUCCACUGAAGAAAAAAUAGAAUUAUUAAGUACAGAGUUUCCACUUGCUUUGGAAGAAGAGAGCAUUUCUGAGAGCUGUCCAUCUGGUGAAAUACCUAUGGAAAAGGAGCCUGGAGAGGGCCGAAUAAGUGUAGUUGAUUACUCAUACCUAGAAGAUGACCUUCCCAUUUCUGCCAGACCAGCUUGUAGUAACAAACUGAUAGAUUAUAUUUUGGGAGGUGCAUCCAGUGACCUGGAAACAAGUUCUGAUCCAGAAGGUGAGGAUUGGGAUGAGGAAGCUGAGGAUGAUGGUUUUGAUAGCGAUAGCUCACUGUCAGACUCAGACCUUGAACAAGACCCUGAAGGGCUUCACCUUUGGAACUCUUUCUGCAGUGUAGAUCCUUAUAAUCCCCAGAACUUUACAGCAACAAUUCAGACUGCUGCCAGAAUUGUUCCCGAAGAGCCUUCUGAUUCAGAGAAGGAUUUGUCUGGCAAGUCUGAUCUAGAGAAUUCCUCCCAGUCUGGAAGCCUUCCUGAAACCCCUGAGCAUAGUUCUGGGGAGGAAGAUGACUGGGAAUCUAGGGCAGAUGAAGCAGAGAGUCUCAAACUGUGGAACUCUUUCUGUAAUUCUGAUGAUCCCUACAACCCUUUAAAUUUUAAGGCUCCUUUUCAAACAUCAGGGGAAAAUGGGAAAGGCUGUCCUGACUCAAAGACCCCAUCUGAGUCCAUUGUGGCCAUUUCUGAGUGUCACACCUUACUUUCUUGUAAGGUGCAGCUGUUGGGGAGCCAAGAAAGUGAAUGUCCAGACUCGGUACAGCGUGACGUUCUUUCUGGAGGAAGACACACACAUGUCAAAAGAAAAAAGGUAACCUUCCUUGAAGAAGUUACUGAGUAUUAUAUAAGUGGUGAUGAGGAUCGCAAAGGACCAUGGGAAGAAUUUGCAAGGGAUGGAUGCAGGUUCCAGAAACGAAUUCAAGAAACAGAAGAUGCUAUUGGAUAUUGCUUGACAUUUGAGCACAGAGAAAGAAUGUUUAAUAGACUCCAGGGAACAUGCUUCAAAGGACUUAAUGUUUUCAAGCAAUGCUGAGUCGGCAGCCUGUAGUCCUAGCAUACACUACCUCUUACCUGAGAGGUGUGUUUUAAAAACAAAUCUUGGCAGCUGUCCUUUGACUUUUUUUUUUAGAGGAAAUGUAACUUGGAUCUAGUUUAAUUUUUUUUUUUUUUUGCAACAUAUCCCACUCAGAAACAUUCAGGUUUGAAGCCAGCCCUGAUAAUGAAGGAUGAACUAGUGUGAUUUCUAAUCCUCCCUUUUUUGAUUUAGUUGGAUGUGCUUUUAAAUGUCCUUUGCUUGCAUGAGGUGAAAAGGGGACCUUUUUGAGUUGUCAUUUUGCACUUUCAAAAAUUAUUUUCUUGGAAACAAUAUUUAUAGGGCUUAAAGCCCAUUUUCAUUUCUAAUCUAAAUUAUGUGUGCCUAUCUGAAAACUUUGGGCUCUUGUUUCUUUCCCAAAAUUCAGAAGUUAAUGGGCUUUUAUGUUUUUCUACAUUUUUUUUAUUUCAAUGAUUUGGCUUGUCUAUGUUAGGCUAAAAAAUAACCUUGUUUAUGCUACCAACUUAAAGUACAUUAUUUUGUGUCACUUUUUUUUCUUGUAAAAAUGACUUGGAUUGAAAAUAUGUGGUAGCCUUUUUAUUUCUAUAUUAAGUUCUACCUAGGAUAUUUCCAAGGACUUCCACAAAACCCGUAUGUGCAGUACUUUACUACUUUGAGAAAGCUGCAUCUUUCUACCAAAUUUUAACAUCUAAUGUAUUUAAUUUCUUUGCAAACUUCUUUGGAGAGGGUUCUGUAUAUGUUAUUGUAGUUCCCAGUUUAAUAUAGUUCUUUGUAUCUCUUAACAGGUUGAAGUUACUGCAAAACACUCUGGAAAGUAAUAAUUACAUCAUAAUCAUUUAUUUUUUAAACUUAAAAGCCUAGAAAUUUCCUAGAAAGAAAAUAGGAGACAUCUCAGAGCAAUUUGGUUUUGGUGUAUAUGUUCUCAACAGAAAACCAGUGUUAAUGAAUAACAUGCCUCAGCACUGUCACUUUUAAAACCUGUCAGGAUCCCACUGUAAAAUUGGAAAUGGGCAGUUCUGAAGUUUCACGUUUGAAAUGUAAAAUAUAAACUUCAGUCAAUAUCCAGAUUUAUUGUGUCCUACUAUUUAAUAAUGAGAGAAGUAAUGGCAAGGCCUUUACUUUCAGGAAAGGAUAGAAGUACAGAUUAAUGACUGGAAAGUUUUAAUAUAUUUAGCCCAAAGCUUACUUUGAAUUGAAGUCUUUGCAUUGACUGUGUUUGGUUUAUUUGUUUAGCUUUACAAGGUACACAUAAGUUAGGUUGAGGGGUUGUUAACCCUUCAGUGGUCUGCUUUCAUUCUGUGUGCUUCCUGUCACAGGUAAUGGAAAACAUAAGUAGAAUAGGUGACCUCUUAGUUUUGAACUUAUUUAAGUGUGGGGAUGAGUUUUUCAUCAGAAGUGCUUACAGGGUUACUACCUCAGUUUACAGUCUACCUGGUCAUUAUUUUAUUUCUAUCCGGUUCUAAGAACUGCUUCUACUGUUUAUAUAUUCAUAAUUAAACACAUUGAGAAUGCAACACUAUAAAAGCUGGUCACAUUUUUGCAGAGCCCUUAUUCUGUGUGUUUUUUGUUUUUGUUUUUGUUUUUUUUUGAGACAGAGUCUUGUUCUGUCGCCCAGCCUGGAGUGCAGUGGUGCGAUAUCGGCUCACUGCAACCUCUGCCUUCUGCCUCAGCCUCCCAAGUAGCUGGGAUUACAGGCGCACACCACCACGCCUGGCUAAUUUUUUGUGUAUUUUUAGUAGAGACGGGGUUUCGCUAUGUUGGCCAGACUGGUCUUGAACUGCUGACCUCGUGAUCCGCCCGCCUCGGCCUCCCAAAGUGCUGGGAUUCUGUGUGUUUUGUGCACCUCCACUUUAGGUAAUCAUAGGGAGCACAUUUACAGGAUGGUCUAACAACAUGAAAACAGGCUAGUUUCAAGCAACAGCGAUGUCGGUUGGAAAGCAGGCAUCAUUUGCCUUGAAAAAAAAGCCUUUUGACAACAUACAGGCAUUCUUUUAAAACCAGGCUGAAACAUUUUAUUUCCGAGACUUAGGUUGUGUUUCCUGUUUCUUAAACCUAGCACCUCUGUGUAUUUGAAAAUAAUGAGACAUCUUUCAUUGGAUUUUGGAAAAUUGUUCCCCAUGGGAUUCUAACCUCACUACCAAAUGAGUGAAAGCUUGAUUAAGAGUUCUUCCACAUACUAGCCUCCUUGGAAGAAGGGAUCAGAAGGUGACAAGAAGGACAGAAAGGACUAUUUUAAAGUUGGACUGAAGGAGAAAAAAGCAAAAUUCUUGUUUCAUCCCAAUUCUAGUUAGAACAAAGUUAAACCCCCAUAAUCUUAAAGAGAAUCUUUGGAGGUUUUAAUUAAACAUUUUAUACAUUUAAAGUCUUGUUAAUGGUGCUUUAAGUGUCAAUGUAGCAUGUAAAAAGGCUUUGUACAGACAGGUGAAGUUCCAUUUCUGAGUGAUGAAAUGUAACACCUCUUCAUCUUUAACUUGAAAUCAAAACUAUCAGAUUUUAUUUUUGUAUAAAUUAAGGAAGGUAAAGUUAAGGGACUAGAAGACUCUAAAUUGGCUUCUACAGAUCAAUAAUUUAAAUGUAACUAGUUGGGAUUUUAUAGUUAAAAUUAUAUUGUGUAUAUAACAUAACUAAUCUGUAAAUUGUAAUAAAUAUAUUUGCAAUUAUUAAA